ACAAUGGCUCUCCAUAACCAUUUCUGUACCCUCCGUUCGUUUUUAGUGGACAGUUCAAUGGAGAUUUGUGCACAGUUCAAUGGAGAUUUGCCUCGCACAUGAAUUUCUGAUGCAAUCCCCCGCGAUGCCUAGCCUAUAGACUAGGCAUGCACACGCACUCGCGCGAUAUCGACCACACAUGUGUGUAAAACCGGUAAUCCAAUCUAUCUGCAUUGCAUGCAUUGCACUAUUGAACAAACCAGCUGUGCUGCGGAAUAGGAACUGGACAUUUGACAAGUUACUAUAGAUCUACUAGUUGUUGUGUACUAAUUAUCACAUCAGUAGAUUUGCAUCUGUAUUUCAACAUUCUGAAGAAAAGGGAGAGAGUUUCUUUUAUCUAGUAUUAGUACCGGUAUUAUUAAUAUUAGUAAAAACGAAGCUGAAAAGUCGGAGACAGAAACGAAGUCGAACUCGAAGAAAAUGACGGACGAAGUUCAGGAAGACAAUGAAGCGAUCUUUGAUCCUUCUAUGAAGAAGAAAAAGAAGAAGAAGAAGACGCCCUUUGAUUUAGAUGCUGCCCUCGGUGGUGAAACUCAGAAUGAGGAAGCUGAUGCACCGGCAGCAGCAGCAGAGAAUGUGGAUUCAGAGACAAAACCAACCGAGGAGACGCAAGGGGAAGGAGAGAAGAAGAAAAAGAAAGAAAAAGCAUCAGCAGAUAAUUUCGAUGAACUUGACCUGGAAGAUUUCACAGCGUUGAAAAAGAAGAAGAAAAAGAAGAAGACGGCUUUUGUGAUGGAUGGUUUGGAGUCGGCCUUACCAGAUGUGGAUGAUAACACCAGCAAAGAGCCGGCUGAGGAAGACGCUCCCAUGGCACUGGAAGAUAUGCCAGAGAUGGAGGAUCUAGAUAUCACAAAACAGAAGAAGAAGAAAAAGAAAAAGAAGAAGCGAAUCGAAGACUUGGAUGGAGAUGAUGUUGUCGAACCUGUCAUUGGAAAAGAAGAUGAUAAUUCAGAAUUAAAGGACACAAGUGGUACAACGUGGGCUGGAACAGAACGUGAUUACACAUAUGAUGAAUUACUAACGAGGGCAUUUGACAUCAUGAGAUCAAAGAAUCCCGACAUGGUAACAGGAGAGAAGAAGAGAUUCAUCAUGAGGCCUCCUCAGGUCGUUAGGAUUGGAACCAAGAAAAGCUCCUUUGUCAACUUCACAGAAAUUUGUAAAAUGCUUCAUAGACCCACAGAGCAUCUGCUCAACUUCUUAUUAGCCGAGUUAGGGACGAGCGGGUCCAUAGACGGAAAUAACCAGCUCAUUAUCAAAGGUCGCUUCCAACAAAAACAAAUGGAAAGUGUACUCAGGAGAUAUAUUAAGGAAUACGUAACGUGUCACACGUGUAGAUCGUCCGAAACCUUCCUGCACAAAGAGAAUCGGCUUUUCUUCUUACAGUGCGAGAGGUGUCAAUCACGGUGUUCUGUCGCUAGCAUCAAGUCCGGUUUCCAGGCCCUUACAGGCAAAAGGGCACAAAUGCGUGCCAAAGAAAAAUAGUAGGGUUUCUUGUGUUUGUAUGUAUAGAAACGUUGUCUUUAUAUCAAUGUCAUCCUUUACUGUAUGCAUAGAUAGGUAUGUUACUCUGAUACACAUCAUGCACGUGAUCUCUACUUCUCUGUAUUUUUAUUCAAAACCUUACAAGCUUGUAUGAAUAAUUUUUUCCUUCUGUGUUUUCUUCUGAUAUUUACCCAUAAAGACAAAUAGUGAUAUAAUAUUUCAGUUAUUUAAAAAAGAGAUGUUUGUCCUGUGUCCAAACCAGUAUGGUUUCGGUAUAACUAUACAUAAUUCUUGAAAGCAAUCAAAUUGUUCUGUUAGUGGUAUUGAACGAGGCUGGUGUGACCUUUAAAAACUUCAACAUACAGGUGGCUCUGCCCAAGUUGAAUCUAUUGGGACCAGAUUGCAAAGCAUGUAUUUAAGCCAGGGCUGGACAUUAGCAAUGGCCCGGUGGCCUGGGGCAACCUAAAUUGAGAGUCGGUCCACCAAAAUUCUGUAAAAGCUCACACUUGGCCCGGUUUGGCUACCAAAGUUUUGCAAAAUUGAAAUGUUUUCUAUUGUUUCAGGGCCACCGCAGUUGCUCUGCGGGCCACCAAAAAUAUGAUAUUGAUGAUUUUGGUGGACCGAUUGGGCCACCAAGAAAAAAAGUUAGUGUGGAGCCUUGAUUAAGCAAUAACAUCUAAAUGUUGAAUUUAACCUAUUGUUAUUGAUACAUGUUUUGCAUAUUCUGGUCUGAAAUCAUGCUUUUGAGUUAAGGCAUUAUUUGACUUAGAGAAGGUAGACUUGAAACCAUCAUUUGCGUUAGGCCAUUACUUGUCUUUAAGGGGUACUCCAGGCUGAAAAUAAUACAAUUGGAAGAGAUAAACAAAAAUUAGACAAGGAAAACACAGAGAAUUUGUUCAAAAUCGGACAAGAAUUAACAUAGUUAUGACAUUGAAACGGUUCUAUGCAUAUCGUCAUGAAUAUUUAUUGAGCAAACUGGUGAUGUCAUAUCCCCACUUGUUCUUAUUUAUGUUAUUGCAUUAAUUUAUGUUUAUUCUAACUUGUGAAAGAAUAAAAAAGAAUGGAUUAAAAUCUGAUUUAAUGUCUUAGAUAUUCAUUGCUGCAAAUUAUUAUUAUUAUAUUGUAAUGGAGGCAUAUCAUACACACAUGUAUGAAAAUAUGAAAUUAAAAUGAUUUCAUGUAAUAACAUAAGAAAAGGGAAAAUGGGGAUGAGACAUCAUCAGCCCAACCUAAUGAAUAUUCAUGAUGCCAUGCAAAUAACUGUUUUCACAAAAUAUUGGUGAAUUUUGAAAUUCAAUAACAGAUUUAUAUUAAAUUUUCAGUGAAUUUUUACUCUUUUUUUUUUUAGAUAUAAUUAUUUUCAGCCCUGAUUAUCCCUUCAAUGAAGGUCAAUAUUUAUUGUCUCUCAUUAGUCAUUUUGUGAAUCAGGGUUUUUCUUUCUCAAACUUUCACACAUACAAUCAGAGUAGACAGUAUCAAAGAAAUGACCCCCCAUGUGCAUGUUGUGUUUAUCAUUUUGUCCAUGUUUGUGUACACACGUCGUCCUGUAUUUUUAUGCCUUUUCUCUUUUCAUUCUUAAAGCACCGUCAGGAUGCUCUCAAAAUUCUAUUAAUUUGUGACAUUUCUCCGUUAAUGGAAAUAUGGAUUGUUAUAUCCCUUAUUGCCAAGAGAAAGCAUAUGCAUGUUUGUAAGUAAGCAAUUAGUGGACUUACAGCUAUACACCAUCACCAGGGGGCUUGAUUGUGAAGGUAGCUAGUAUAUGGAAAUUUGUUACAACACCAAGUCAUAUAAAAACUCUGCUUUAUAAAUAGGCUUUCCGUUCUCAUUUUGAGUACAUCUCCUAUUGUGCUAUGUUUAAAGGUCAAGUCCAAUUCAGAAAAAUUUUGAUUUUCAUCAAAAGAGAAAAAUCAGACAAGCAUAAUGCUGAAAUAAGAAAGUUAUGACAUUUUAAAGGUUCUCUUAUUUUUCACAAAAUAGUUAUAUGCACAAAUUUGUCACAUGCAAAUGAGAGAAUCAAUUAUGUCCCUCACUAUUUCUUUUGUUUUUUAUUGUUUGAAUUAUAAAAUUUUUCAAAUUUCACAGAUUUGACAAUAAGGACCAACUUGACUGAACCAUAAAAUGAUAUCACAAUGGUUCAGGGAGAAAUAAAACUUUGUUUCACAGGACAAUGAUGAGAAAAUAAGAAUAUUUCAUAUAAUGAAAUAUAAAAGAAAUAGUGAGUGAGUGAUGUCAUCAGUUCCCUCAUUCGCAUACCAGCCGGAAUGUGCAUAUAACUAUUUUGUGAAAUUGAGUGAAACUUCAAAAUGUCAUAACUCUCUUAUUUUACAUCCGAUUUUGAUGAAAUUUUCAGUGUUACGCUUGUUGGAUUUUUCUCUUUUUAUUUGAAUCAACAUUGUGUUAAGGUGGACUUAUCCUUUAAAGAAGUCUUCUAAUCUAUAAUUUUUUUAAAUAAAAUUCUAGUUGUCCUAUUUCAUGCAAGCAGUGAUUGUAUUGCACAUAUCUCACCAUGUAGCUACAAACUGUCUGUUGAUAAUGGGAACACCAGGAAAGUCCUAAUGUUAGAGAAAAUCAAGUUCAACUUAGCAGAUAAAUUUAUACUUUGAUGUCCAAUGAUCAGUUCUAAUUUUACAAUAAUUUUAAAAUUUAUGAUUGAUUUUUCUCAAUGGAAACUUUACUUGUUAUAUAUUGCAAGGACAAAAGCCAUGAUUAGACCAAAUGGGCAUAGCAUAACUGGAAAUUAGACAAACUGCCCGGUGGGCUUUGUGGCAAUGAACUUGUAGAAGAAAUGGGAGUAGACCAAGUAGCGAUCCAGGGUAUUACCCUAACUUGUAUAUGUUUCACCCCCAAAAUGCAUCAUGCAAAUAUAUGUUUACAGACUUAUUUGCUAAUGCUAUACAGUAUAUCAUUUGUGAGCAAGGUUGCAAAGUACAUUUUCUUCAUUAUUUUCAACUGUGUUGUCUAAUUGUACCCAUGAAAACAUUUCUAACUUUUGAUUGUUUAUUGUGCAGAACCAACCACUCAUCCUGGAUAAUCAAAUACUUUUCAAAGAUCAGUUAUAUUCUCUGUAGAGGAUGUUGCCUUUUCUUUAUCUCAAGUUAGUCAUCUGGGCCCCGUAACUCAGAGGUUAGCGAUUAAUCACGAAAUGAAAUGGCCUAUCAAGAUCACCAUUGCAUGCACAUUUUGCUCUGUAGACUGACUAGGAACCAAUCAGAAUUGUUCUUUCAACUUGGAGAUUAAUCGCUAACCUUUGUGUUACUGGGACCUGGGUUUCAUUCCAUACCAGGUUUUUUUUUUCAUUUGCAAGAAAUAUGAAUCAAAUCAUGAUGUGGUCUUGAUAGAUUGAUUAAAUUUUGAAGAGAUUUCAAUUUGA